UUACCCUGCCAGCCCAAAUGUACAAUAAGCCUACGGUAGCUGGGUCUGCAAGAGUGCAAGCGACACAGGGAGGGACGACGCCUCACGCGGCCACGCCCGGACGCCGCCACCGCGCCACGCCUCCACUCCUCCACUACUCCAGGCUUCCGCUCGCAGCCUCGUAGGGGCUCUCUCAGCCGCUCACCUCGCCCCUGGGCUGCUGCCUGCUCCUGCUCACUGUGCUUACUAGUUACUGAUGAACCAGGUCUUUUAGUAAUUUCAGCAAGGCUCCUGAGGAUGGCCAAGUACAGGUCUUUGCCUCACAGGUCACUCCAGCCCUUGCUGUUCUUUUCCCGCAAAGUACCCUUCUCCACUUCCCCUUUACCCAUAGAAUAUCCGCCCAUAUCUGCUGCUACUACUCAAGCAUUCACACAUGAAAUAAAAGCCACAUGCUUUUCAGAAUUAGAGCAGCUAAUUAGACGCGGAUUAAUCAAUCCAGCUGAGAAGCUCGUUCAGAAGAUUGUGAGACAUUCAUCAUCAGUCCCUGAAGCCGUUUCUGCAGUUGAUUUUGCCCUUUCUUGGGGAGUGGAGCUUGACAUGAAGAGUUAUGGUUUUCUUAUCAGAAAACUAUUGACUUGUGGCGAGGCAAAGAUGGCAGAGGCCGUUUAUGUCGACUUCAUAUUGAACAGAGGAAUCGAGCCAGACCAUUUUUUAUUGAACUCGAUGGUUGUUUGCUAUUCUAAGUUAGGUAAGUUGGAAGAAUCCAAGUCUCAAUUCGAUAGACUUCUUAAGAUGGAAGUCAUGCCUUGUCGAGCCGCCUGCAGUGACAUUAUUACUGCAUUUUGUGCCCAAAACAGAUUCUUGGAGGGAUUUGAUGUGUUUCUAGCUGUCCAUGAUGCUGAUUUUUUACUGCAUUUCCGGUGCUACAAUAGGUUGGUGGACGGGUUGAGCUCAAUAGGGAACUUAAACAAGGCACUAUACGUGUAUGACAUAAUGCGUGAUAAAAGCGUACCUCCCACUAUUCAUUUACUCAAAACAUUAGUUUUUAUGCUUUGCCAGAAUGAGCGGGUUGAGGAGGCUGAAUUUUUGAGUAUGGAAGCCGAAUCUUUUGGCUUCUUUAUUGAUAAAGUCAUGUACACAGCUCUUAUCAAUGGGUAUUGCCGGAAAAGAAGAAUGAAGAUGGCUCUCAGAUUGUUUUACAGAAUGCUGAAACUAGGAUGUCAUCCAGAUAAUUACACAUGCAAUACAUUGAUACAUGGUUUUGUUAACACAGGCAUGAUCGAUAAAAUUUUCGUGUUGUUUCACCACAUGAAAGAGCUGGGAUUGAAGCUCAAUGUUGUCAGUUACCAAAUCAUGAUUAGCAAGUGUUGCAAGGAUCUUAAAGUUGAUUGUGCAUUAACAUUGUUACAUAAUAUGAUGCAGUGCAACUUAGCACCCACGGUGCACUGUUACACGCCUUUACUUGCUGCACUGGUUAAGGAAAAUCGGUUAGCAGAAGCCGAUCAAUAUUAUAACCAGCUGUUUGAUUCUGGACUUUUUCCUGAUGAUGUCCUCUUUUUUACUGUAGUAAAAAACUAUGUAGGGCAUGAAAUUGAUCUUGCACAUAAUUUUGUGACAGAAAUUGGAAGACAUGGGUGUGGCAUUUGUAGCACCACUUGUAGUAGUAGCAGUAGUAAAUCUGUUGAUGACUUCAUAGUUGAGAUUGAUCUUCUCCUAGAGGAAAUUUAUUCACGAAACUCAGGCUUAGCUCGUAUUGCUUUUAAUAUACACAUAAUUGCACUGUGUUAUGCAGGGAAACUUAUUGCUGCUGAGUUAUGCAUGGAUAAAAUGUCAACUCUAUCCCUUCAGCCUUCUCUCCUUGCUUAUAACUCCAUGAUUUGGUGUCUCUGCCAAAUGGGACUAGGAAAUGAUGCUAUUUCCAUUCUGGAUCAGCUGGAAGCUACUAGAGUGAAGCCCACUAUUGCUAUGUAUGACUCUAUUAUAGGGUGUUUGGCUCAAGAAAAGAGAGUUUUGGAGGCAUCACAGUUGUUUGACAGAAUGCAUGAGGUUGGACUUUUCCCUGAUGAAACUCUGUAUGUGACAAUGAUUAGUGGUCUAUCAAAGAACAGACUAGCUGGUGCAGCUCGUGAGGUCUUUGACAAAAUGUUGAAGUAUGGUAUUCGACCAAGCUACCGAGCUUACACUGCACUAAUAAAUGGGCUUGUUAAGCAAAACAUGAUACAAGAGGGGCACAUAUAUCUUGGUAGAAUGUUAGAAGAGGGAUUUAUGCCUAAUGCUGCUUUGUAUACUUCUCUAAUCUACCAAUUUUUUAGAAAGGGAGAAAUUAGAAUUGCUCUUAAGUUAGUUGUUCUGAUGGAGAAAAGCCACAUAGAGAAAGAUGUGAUAACCCAUGUUGCAUUGGUCAGUGGCGUUUGCAGAAAUAUCCGAUACAUUAGUAGGAAAUGUCACAAGUCACAAAGACGAUCCGUUAAGGCAAUGGAGAUGCUUUACCAUUUACUAUGUGAGUAUACUAAUUUGCCCGGCCUGAAAGAUUUAGAAAACUUUAUCAUUUCAAGGGUUGGAAUAAAGUCGUUUGCACUAAAAUUGAUAGACGAAGUGAAAAAAGGCAACUUUAUUCCCAACUUAUAUCUGCACAAUAGUGUGAUUGCUGGAUUAUGUUGGGCAAAUGAUAUGGAAGGUGCAUACAAUCAUCUUGAUACGAUGCAGAAAGAAGGGCUGCUUCCCAAUCACGUGACUCUUACCAUUCUCAUUGAUGGGCAUUUUAGGAAAGGUAAAACCGAUCUUGCUGUUAAUCUUUUCAAUAAAAUGAAUGAGCAUGACUGUGUUCUUGAUGAUGUGGUAUACAACAUGUUGAUAAAGGGCUUUUGUAAGGCUGGAAGACCCCAUGAUGCAUUAUCUGUAUCAAAUAUUAUGCUUAAGAAAGGGCAUUCUCUUUCAAAGGCUUCUUAUGAAAAUCUACUCCAACUUUUUUGUGCAAAUAAAUGGACAGUCCAUGCUCUGAAAAUACUUGAAGAUAUGGUUUCCUGUGAAUAUACCCCUUACAUAGGCAGUCUUAACUGGUUGUUGUGCAUAUUAUGUGAAGAAAAUAAAUUCAUUGAAGCUUGCAAUGUUCAAACUUUGAAGUCGAGGAUAAGAGUAUUGUCAAAGAAAGCAUCUAAGGGACUCUUCAUUUAGUAUGCGUCACUGCCACCAAGAGACUAUUCAGCUUGAUUUGGGAUUUGUCAAGGAUUAUGAUGUUAUCCUUAUGGGACUGGAGAUUGCAAGUCGGGGAGGAGCAGAUAGAGAUGCUACAGGGGUUGAGAAGGGGGGAAUCGAAAAAUAUGGAGUUUGUGAUAGAGUAUGAGCAUGUACCCUCCUUGCUUGGGCAGUGUGGAGGCUCUGUCCAAGUCAGAUUCAUUAGCCGGAGAAGGGAGAGGGAUUGGAUUGUGCGGAGCCGACCGAAGGCUACAGACUUGGACUUCUUCUGUGAUAAAAAAUAUGAGGAUCUAAAAAGGAAGGAAGAUGCCAUAAAAUGAGCUGGGACACAGAUGAGCUGUAUGUGGCAUUCAUGACAUUGUUACCAUGAUAUUGCAAAUGAAUUUCCGAUCCAUCUACAGAGGUUGCAGUAUGUGAUUUUCAUGACAUUGUUGGGUAAAUCAACAAAGUGUAGUUUCAUUAUUUUUCUGUUUGCAUAGCAUAUGUGCAUUGUUCUUUUUUCUUUUUUUGACAAGAAGAAAUGGAUGAAGAUUAAAAUAGCUUAUCUUACAAAAAAACUCCGAUCUUACAAAAAAUCUUUUCUAAGAUAGUAUUCUCUAUAUAACUGUUUUACCCUGCCCACCCCUCAAGUUCUCCAAAACCCUCCAUCCAGAAUCCAAACACAGUACUCUCCAGCGCAAAUUCAGAACAGCACCUUACAGAUUAACUAUACAUUGAUGACCAGACUGCUCCAUCAAAAUAUGUCCUCUGGGACUAUGCAAAACAGUGCACGAGUGGUCAGCUUCUGGUGAUAAAUGGUCGAUUAAAAGAACUAAGACAACAUGGUCAUAAGCACAUUGUUCCAAUUUGCCUUCAAGAUUAUGAUUUAUCACUCUCCAUCUGAAUAUCUACGACUGUCCCAAAAGAGUUCUAUUUGGUCAAAAUAUAACUUUUAAUUUUGCCAAGGUACAACUGUGAAAAGGUAGUGUAGUCCGACGGAACUAGUUCAGUAACUUCCAUAAAAUGAAACAAGCCUCCUUCUGAGAAGAGUAAAUGAAACCUGAACUCAAAGCAAGCUCUUGUUAUUCCUUGAACCUCCUAAAAUCAAACCAAAUCUCGUAAUGGUUGAAAAGUAAACUAUCAUGAGUGUGCUUCCUAAGAUACUCAAGGCCAAUAUUACCUAACCUAACCUUCUUGCACAUUUGUCUCCUCUUAGUCUCGAACAGAACUUUAUAUUGUGGGACACAAAUAUACGAACUCCCAAAUGGUUUUAAUUUACUAGCAAGUCUCUCUAACCCAACCCAAACAAGCUUGUCUGGAAUAUGCAGGAAUACAGCACUUGCAUAUAUGAAAUCGUACAUUGUUCCAGAUCCAGACUUACUAAAUGAGAGGACGCUUGGAUAAUAACCCUUGGGAUGGAAGCUCAUACCUCAAUGCAGCCAUUAAGGACAGCUCAUCUGUUUCCAUACAGUUGUACUUUUGGAUUUAAGUACUGGAUAAAAUGCAUCCCAACACGAAGGGUCCCACAUCCAAUCUCUAACACUUUGGAGUUUGGAGAUAGAUGGACAGAUUUUGCAAGAAAUUCGAACAGAACUCUCCCUCCUGCCUCGGGCUCCCUGCCCAACAAUCUGGUUUCUUGCUAUCAUCUAUUUCAUACCAGGUGCCCCUGGGGCCUAUGUCUUAUGGUAUCGUCCUCUAUAUUUGUGCAAUGAGGACUGUUGGUGCAAUGAAAAUCAGCUGAUAUUUUGCGUUUUAUAUGGGAAGUGGAAAAACUGCAGAGAUGAGGAGGGAAGCUGCUAGACAAACAAUGGCGGCGGCAGUAUGACCCACAACCUGUUUGGGUGGAGGUCUGGGGGUGAGGUUUGUAAUUCUGUUAUUGCUUUAUGUCUUAACAUAAUAGAAAAAAUUGUACACGUGGUAGGGAAGGCUCUGCCAGUACAAAUCUAAGGUCAGGGUGAAGGGUGUUCCUUGGAUUGUCAAAAAAAGAUCUUUCAG